AUUAGGUUAACUAUCAUGAUUGAGGAUCCUAGAGAUACUGAACGUAAAAGAUUGCUUGGCAUUGAGGACCCUGAUGGAGUCACGAGAGAUGACCUGGUUGCUGCUUUGGAUGAUGUGAAUGAAGGGAGAAUUCCAGAGAAUCGUGUUGCUCUCCGUUUGCUUGCUAAGGAGAUAAUGGAGUGGCCAGAUCUUGAGGUUGAAGCACCGAAGAAGAGAAGUCCUAGUAAAUCUCCAUAUGCAAAAGCCACAGACACCGGGGUUGACCCAGAAGUGGCAGCCAAGAGACUCGACAUUGAUUGGGAUUCAGCUGCUGAUGUUGAACCUGGAGAUGAGAAUGACGAGAUAGAAGUUCCCCCUGCUGUAGGAUAUAGUGCUCUUUACCUGGUGACAGCUUUGCCACUUCUAAUUGGGCUGUCAGUCGUACUGAUCCUAUUCUACAAUUCUCUCCAGUAGCAGCUCAGCAGAUUUAUAUACCAUUCUGUAUUUUUCUUUGUGGAUUAUUUUUCUAAUUAAUGAGGCAAGAUCCUUCAGCAGGCCCCUGCCACGAUUUUGGUAA